AUGAAAGCCAAGAUCGAACGGAACAGACAGCGGACUCUGAUGCCGAGGCAAGCCCGCCUUGCUAGCGGACUAUUGGCAGGAGAGGGGGGUGGCACCUCGGCUAAAGUCGUAAAAAAAACAUUCGACUCUCGAGGCGGGUUCUUCAUUGAUGAAGAAGAGGAGGGACAGGAGGAGCAAUUGAUGAAGGAGAGGGACAGGAGGAGCAAAGGGGGAGUAAGGUGGUGCGUCAACCAGUUGGCUAGAGAGCAGAAACCCUCCUUAGAGGCGGGGUGCUCCGAGGAGGCUAAGGAGUCCAGAGAAAACAGGGAGGUGCAGAAACGCUCCUUAGAGGCGGGGUGCUCCGAGGAGGCUAAGGAGUCCGGAGAGAACAGGGAGGUGCAGAAGCGCUCCUUAGAGGCGGGGUGCUCCGAGGAGGCUAAGGAGUCCAGAGAAAACAGGGAGGUGCAGAAACGCUCCUUAGAGGCGGGGUGCUCCGAGGAGGCUAAGGAGUCCGGAGAGAACAGGGAGGUGCAGAAACGCUCCUUAGAGGCGGGGUGCUCCGAGGAGGCUAAGGAGUCGGGAGAGAACAGGGAGGUGCAGAAGCGCUCCUUAGAGGCGGGGUGCUCCGAGGAGGCUAAGGAGUCCAGAGAAAACAGGGAGGUGCAGAAACGCUCCUUAGAGGCGGGGUGCUCCGAGGAGGCUAAGGAGUCCAGAGAAAACAGGGAGGUGCAGAAACGCUCCUUAGAGGCGGGGUGCUCCGAGGAGGCUAAGGAGUCCGGAGAGAACAGGGAGGUGCAGAAGCGCUCCUUAGAGGCGGGGUGCUCCGAGGAGGCUAAGGAGUCGGAGAGAACAGGGAGGUGCAGAAGCGCUCCUUAG